AUGGGAAUCUCAACAAUUAUACCAAACUUUUUAUAUCUCGGAGCUGCAAGAGAUACAAAGAAUGUGAAUGAAAUGAAACAAUUUAAAAUUAGUCAUGUGAUUAGUUGUGCUGGUAAAUUACAUGGAGAAUCUGAUUACAAAGUGUUAAAGGGUCAUUUGGAGGAUGAGGAAGAUCAACCGAUUAUACCGUUCAUUGAAGAACAGGCAUACCAUUUCAUAGAGGAAGCUAGAUUGGAAAAGGGAAGAGUAUUUGUUCAUUGUUUGGCAGGUCGUAGUAGAUCGGCGUCUGUUAUACUUGGAUACUUGUUGAUGUCAAAGCGACUGCCACUCAGCCAACUCUAUUACACUGUGUUGGAUCGACGAUCAAUCAUCCUACCAAAUAAUGGGUUCAUGCAUCAAUUGAUGGACUUUGAAUUCAGAUUGUUGGCCAAUCGAUCGAUGAAGAGCGGUGAGUGGACCACUGCAAUGUUGAAUCGAGUGAAACCAGAUGCCAGGUCAAUGGGCCAGGCAAACAUACAACUUCAAACAUCUGAUACGUGUGGACACGUCUACCUCAGAAAAGAGUCUCAAGUGAGCGAACAAACCAAAGCAUAUAUUGACAAGAUUGUGACUGCCGAAGAGGUGGUCAAUUCAUUUGGCGGUGAUGAUGAUUACAUUCGAUUGCGUGCAUUGAUAGAAUCACGACGUGACUGUAGUCAAGCCAUCACCAAACUCAGAAAACGUCUAUGUAUAAGACUACAAGAAUCUACAGACAGUGGACUAGAACUCAGGCAACUCGAACCAUUGAUCACUUGGGAUGAUAUCAAAUCAUUAAUUUGUAUGAAAACAAUUCAAGUUUUAGAACAAGAUUUAUUUAAUAUGUCUAUACCAUAG